CUCUCUAUGAGCAUCAGGUAGCUCCUUAUACGGAUCUGGGAGGCACUUCGCAGCCCCUCUGGCUCUGUAUCUGCUAGGGCGCACAGAGGGGCAGUGCCAUGCACACUCCUGACUAUGCGUUGCUCAUGAGCGGAGGGAACCAGUCCCUGGGCUUUAGUCCCACCAGUGACCUGACAAUGGGGACGCCUGGAAACGACACCAUCCACCCGAACGGAUCCGACCCUUUUGCGCGGAACGAGGAGGUGGCCCAAAUCGAGAUCCUGGUCCUGAGUAUCACCUUUGUGGUUGCUGUGAUUGGGAACGUGAGCGUUCUGUUGGCAAUGUACAACACGAAGAAGAAAAUGUCGCGGAUGCACCUCUUCAUCAAACACCUGAGCCUGGCUGACCUGGUGGUCGCCUUCUUCCAGGUGCUGCCGCAGCUCUGCUGGGAGAUCACCUACCGCUUCUACGGUCCGGACUUUCUCUGCAGGAUCGUCAAACACCUGCAGGUGAUGGGGAUGUUUGCGUCCACCUACAUGAUGGUGAUGAUGACCCUGGACCGGUACAUCGCCAUCUGCCACCCUUUGAAAACCCUCCAGCAGCCCACCCAGCGCUCCUACAUCAUGAUCAUCUCCACGUGGAUGUGCAGCCUGGUGCUCAGCACUCCGCAGUUCUUCAUCUUCUCCCUGAGCGAGAUCAAGAACGGCUCGGAGGUCUACGACUGCUGGGCGCACUUCAUCGAGCCGUGGGGCGCAAGAGCGUACAUCACCUGGAUCACUGUGGGCAUCUUCCUCGUGCCUGUUUUUAUUCUCAUGAUGUGUUACGGCUUCAUCUGCCACAGCAUAUGGAAAAAUAUCAAAUACAAGAAAAGGAAAACGGCGGGUGGUGCUGCGGCUAAAAACGGGCUGAUUGGGAAGAAUUCAGUCAGCAGCGUUACAACGAUCUCCAGAGCCAAACUGAGGACUGUCAAAAUGACUUUUGUGAUAGUUUUGGCGUAUAUUGUUUGCUGGGCGCCGUUUUUCACAGUUCAGAUGUGGUCAGUGUGGGAUGAAAACUUCCAGUGGGCUGAUUCUGAGAACACAGCAGUGACUCUGUCUGCGCUGCUUGCCAGUCUCAACAGCUGCUGCAACCCGUGGAUAUACAUGAUCUUCAGCGGUCACCUCCUCCAGGAUUUUGUGCACUGCUUCUCCUGCUGCCUCAGGAUGAACCCCGACUACAAGAAGGAGGAUUCGGAUAGCAGCAUCCGCAGGACCACUCUGCUGACUAAGAUGGCCAAUCGGAGUCCAACGGGGAGCACGGGGAACUGGAAAGAGCUGGACAAUUCUCCCAAGUUGUCCAUUCAGGCGGACUGACAUUUGACCCAGCAGCUCUGUUUAUAGGAGAGGGGAAUAAGCAUGUCUAGUGGAGGCGUGAAGGUUAACAUGCAGGUUUAACUCAGCUUCUGAAGUGCCAAAAAAAGUCAGCAAAUCUAUCAGUGUGCAUGGAAAAUGGAGCAAGAGGGAAGAAUUAUGGUGUAGACUGAAUAUUUGCAGCACAAUCAGAACACAUGGACACCUUUUAUGAGUCUUUUUGUUGAAAUGUACAUGCAAAUUUUACAUAUCCUCAGCAAAAAUGUUUAAAAAAGGCUUAAAAAAAGGACAUGAUAUUGCAAUGUUUACUUUUUUAUAUUGUUUGUGUUGUCUCUUUUAGUUCAAAUACUUGAAAAUCCAACAGCCUUAAGCAGUCGGAACACAUUUUCUUACAGUCCGUAUGUGAUUCUUUUCAAUGUUUUCAUAAAAAUCUCCUUUCCAGGAAUACACAUGCUUUUCACAGCAGUUUCUCCUCCCUGCAGUGCCACUAAACACCUUUCCCAUAAAAGUGUCAACAAGGACAAAAAAAGAAAAGCAGAAAUGAGGAGAUGUGUUGUGAAAGAACUCCAGACGUGUCAUCGAGGCAGCACCUCAUCCAUUGAGUUUAGCUGCUCCUUUCUGCCCUUGUGGUUAUUAGGACCAGACUUUCUCAUCAGCCUAAGAUUGUGUUAAGUGUUUAGGCUCCAUAUGUUGACUUGGACCACCUCCUUUCUGUCUUUUCAUGCUGCAGCAGGCGGUCCUUUUUGUGCCGCCUUCUUUCCCUUGACGAGUGCGCAGCAUUCACCCUACACACAAACACAGAGAGGCAGAUAAUAGCCGAGCUCGGCAAAGUGAGAUUAACCACAGCUGGCAGACUCUACCUACGGACUCCGCGGGCCCUCCCUCCUCCACAUGGCUUUCACAAAAUUGUUGGGCAGAAACUCAAACAUUCCACUCAUGCUACGUCAACACACUUCCUCUUUGCCCCCCCGACAUCCUGCACUGCUGCAGGGGGUCUGCUGUGGUUUGUUUUGCACUCUAGACAAAACAUUUUCUUCUCAUCAUUGUGCACGUACCACAGAACUGGUUCCCAGACCACCUUAACAACCCACCCAGCACAUUGUUUGUUGUAUCAAAACAUUUGAAUGUGACUCUUUUGUAUAUUUGUACAUUAAAGGCACUUAAAUAUGUGUACAUAGGAGUAAUAUAUGUAAAUCUGUACAAUAUUUGUCUGUACUUUCCUGUGCACAGAGAAAAUAAUCUAAAUAUCUAUGAACUGUAUGUUGAAAUAUACAUG